AUGCCAUCUCUAUUUGCCUAUAAUUUUAUUGUAUUAGGCCUUUAUCUCAGUAUUUUGAUCAUUUUUAUAAUUUUCCUGCGUCUUGCUGGUUCGAAAUCGAAAUCGGGAUUUUUCUCAUUCCUCAAUGCAGUUUUUCAUAUACAUGCAAUUUCAAACAAUGACAGAGAAAUUAUACUUGAUGUUUAUGGAAAUCGAAUGAACUUUUCAACAAAUAGAAAACUUCGUAUUGCUAUUAGAAUCGGUGUAAUUAGUUCUAUGUAUAUGAUGGCACUUAUAUUUGUUGAUGGAUGUAUUGUAUCUAGAAAUGUCUUAGUAUCAACUGACGUAUGUCCAAUGAAAACUGCAAUGGAUUGUUUUCACUUUCAGUCUGUCUUUGACGUUAGUGCAAAUCCAUUCUUUUGUCCAUCAAACGAAGUUAUUUCUACUACAAAUGUAACAGCACACUUGUUAACAUGUUAUAAAUGGGAAAUUAAAUCUCAAAGUUUAACUAAUAUUCUUAGUCAAAUGGGUAUAUGUUCUAGUAUCGUAUCACUCCUUGGUCUUUUAUUUAAAUAUUUAUAUCUUCUUGCAUACCGUAAAUAUUGGGGAACGAUUCUAACAGUUAUUCUUGGAUUAUCAAUAAUUAUCUCACCAAUUGUCGUAUGGAUGACUUUAGGACCACUUCUUUCUUACAUCUUUUUCGCACUUCUAACAACAACAAUUAUUUUGAUUAUUAAUGCAUUAUUUCUAGUUUAUACAGUAUACAAAUCUAAGAAUCAAAUAAUAGCACCACAAUCAAUUACAAAGGUAUCCAAAAAUAUCGAACUAUAA